UGCGAUCUGCGGAACGUACACAUGCAAGGCUCAGGACUGAUUCAGACAACAUAUAACGUCACGUAUGCUAUAAACAACGAUACGCUUCAAGACAUUGGGAUCAAACGUUUAAAGCUUGCUGCUCGAGAUGCUAGUGGAACAUACUCUGACGUGAUUACAAUUGAAUUGUGGAUUGUGGCAAUGAAAUGCACGAAUGGGGGCCAGUGUUUGAGUAAAUAUCCGGACCAGUAUUCAUGCAAUGAUGAAGUGAGAACAGAAGGGUUUGACGAAUAUUUCACCUGCAACUGUACGAACGAGUGGACCGGGCAGUAUUGUGAGGAAGAUGUUGAUGAAUGCGCUCAUGAACCGUGCUCUGGCAGAGAGGUGUGUACGAAUAAAGAUGGCGGCUACGAAUGUUUCUGUGAGAGUGGUGACUUUUUAUGCAAGGCAAAUCUUGAAAGCUGGAGCUUUGCACUCAUUCUAGUCGGAGCCGGACUAUCCCUUAUCAUUAUUGUCGUUGUCUUUUAUGUUGCACGUUGGAAAUACAGGCAGGUGAAGUAUCGGGCUGUUGUGGAUCCAGUGAACGGAUCAGAGAUUUGGCUCCAAGACGACUUUGAUGUGGACAUUCCUAAAAAUGAGCCUCCUUUGUCUACAUUCAUCAACAACAAAAAUCAAGAUGACAUUUUACAGACUCAAUUUAACAAAAACUUCGAUGACGACGAUCACGAUUUCCGACAUCCUGCACCAGACGUUUCUCAGCAAGACAUUGUCACCGUAAAGUUGUCUGAAGUAGGGGAAAAUGCAGAAAUAGCGAACUUGUUUCCAUCGGCUGGACUGAUGCGUCCACCAAAUAGAAACGUCCAUUUCAAUACAGCAUUGCUGGUUCCGGCAAUGCCACCGGUAGAGGGACAGGAUGAUACAGAGUUUUAAUUUAAGCCGACAUUAAGAUCUUAUUGCAGCAAACUCUCACUUUGCUAAUUAAAAUUUGGUAUAUAACAAGACUAACAUCAUACAGAUAUCAAUAGUUAGUGUUAUUUUGUGAUGAAAUAAAACUUAACUUGAGAUGGCCAUUUACCACAGCGACUUUAGAACUUUGAAGGAAAGUAAAAGAAAGAAAUGCCUGAAAGGACCUUCUGAAGAACUAAGUGAACAAGCCUUGGUUGUUUAAACAUGUACAUAUUUAUACUUAAAAUAUUACUAGGGUGUAUUUGUGCAAAAUUUGUAGUCUUUGAUAUUUUAACUUACAUGAACAAUAUGUUGAUGUGUGGGUAGAAUAGUGAUCCUUUUUAUUUCUAGUAUUUAGGUAUCUUUAUGGUACAAAUAUAUCUCGUCAAUAUUGAAAAUAAUGUUUAUAACCGAACGUUUUGUUUGAUUCAAAUCUACAAUAACUUGGAUAUUGUUUUUAUUUACUCACCCUUGCGUUUAAAUUCUAAAUUGUAUAUUUCUUUCUUACUUGAAUAAAAAACAAUUGUCAA